UUGUUCCUCUUGAAUUUUUUACAGAAAAACAGCGUAUUGACGUUGUACGUAUCGAUGGCAGUGGCAAGUAUCAGCUUACAACGUAGCGGCUGGUUGCAGCGCGUCGUGCAGUAUCACAAGAACAAUUUCUUAGCCGAUUUACAUAAAUUGCCGCCGGUGCAAAUUAAAGCCUCAAUCGAACGCGCUCCCUACGGCUACGUGGAUCCGGACACCUGGGACUAUGACUCGGUGCUGCGGCUGCUGGGAAUGCUGCAGCGGAGCGAGGGCGCAGCCCCCGUGUUGCAACAUUUACGCAGGACGAUGUUUAGCCGACGGUUUAUGUCGUUCGGAGACACAUUUAAGGCGUUCCCCAGUCUAUCCAAAAACCAUGCAAACUAUAUGUAUUACGACAUAGAGUCGGAGGAGUAUGUUGCAGAGGCUACGACAGCGACAGAUAUGCCCAGCGAGAUCACCGACAACUCCAUAAUUGUCAUCUCCAACCCGACUGAGGCGCGUCUGCCAGCUGCACAAAUCAGUGUCAAGCUACUCAGGGAAAUAUUAGAGGCAAGAGCAGCAGCGGCGAGAUACAUGCCGACCACGCGGUGGACCAUACGCUGGAAGCCGAUGAACAAAACUACCAGUACUACUCCAGUUGGAACUGAGACGGAUGGGGGAAGCACCAUAGUUACCCUUACGUCAGUCGAGCCAGCUAGCAACAGUAACGUAUCAGCUUUUUAA